AGCUCCAUGCUCGGUAUAUAAAGGAGGACAACGGCGGGUGAAGGACGGCUGGGAAGGCAGAGUCCGUGUUUGUAAAUAAGACCGUUACAAUCUGUGUUUUAUUUACAAAAGUUAUGCCGGCUAUUUUUAAGUGUCGUGCCCAGUUGUUUUAGAUCGUUUUUUAAUUUAUUUUUUUUGCUGUUAAUUCCUCGCUUGAUUUGUGUGGUUUUACACUACGCGUAAUGGCGAGCUCGGCUAACUCGAAUCAAGUGCCUAAACUGUACAGGUCUGUGAUUGAAGAUGUUAUCAACGAGGUCCGGGAGCUCUUCCUGGAUGAGGGGGUGGACGAGCAGGUCCUCAUGGAACUCAAAACGCUGUGGGAGAACAAGCUAAUGCAGAGUAAGGCAGUGGAGGGCUUCAACACAGAGGAGCAGGCUGCCCUCCAGGCAGCAGCCCAGCAGAAGGCACAACAGGCCCAGCACGCCACCCAGCAAGUCCAGACACAGCAGGUCCUCCUGCCCCCGCAGCAGCAAUUGACGAGCUGGCAAUCGACCCGGCCUACUGUCACCAGCGCACCCCAGCAGCAAGUCAUUGUGCAGGAUCCUAAAAUUCUGCAGCAUAUGAGUGCAACAGGGAUGAGUGCAGCAACCACAGCAGCAACCUUGGCCUUACCAACAGGAAUCAGUCCCUACCAACAACUCAUCACUAGCCAAGGCGGCAAUUUGCCCCAGACUAUAUAUCUUAAAACAGUGGACGGUCAGAUCCUCCAGGUGCUGCGUGCGGCUAACGGGACCCAGUACAUUAUCCAGCCUCAGCAGCAGAUGGUCCUUCAGCAGCAGGUCCUUCCUCAGAUGCAGCCUGGCGGUGGGCAGGCCCCCGUCAUACAGCAGGUACGCCCCAUCACACAGGUACUGGCUCCUCUACAGGGAGGACUCCCCCAGGUGCUGGCUCCUCUACAGGGAGGACUCCCCCAGCAGACAGGAGUCAUCAUCCAGCCUCAACAGGUCAUCCUCACUGGGAACAAGGUCCAUCAGAAUGCACAGGUAAUGCAGAUGACAGGCCAGCCUGGUCAGGUGCAGCAGAUCCAGCAGCAGGUCCAACAAGUUCAACAGGUCCAGGGCGGAGCUGCACCAGGAGGCCCACAACAACAGCAGCAGAUCCAGCAGCAGGUCCAACAAGUUCAACAGGUCCAGGGCGGAGCUGCACCAGGAGGCCCACAACAACAGCAGCAGAUCCAGCAGCAGGUCCAACAAGUACAACAGCUCCAGGGUGGAGCUGCACCAGGAGUCCCACAACAACAGCAGCAGCCUCCUAUGAUGCUGCAGGUGGACGGAGCGGGGGACACGUCCUCAGAGGAUGAAGAUGAGGAGGAAGAGUAUGACGAGGAGGAAGAUGAAGAAAAGGAAAAAGAUGGCGAGGACGGCCAGGUGGAGGAGGAGCCUCUGAAUAGUGAAGAUGAUGUGAGUGACGAGGAGGACCAAGAACUGUUUGACACAGAGAAUGUGGUGGUGUGCCAGUAUGACAAGAUACACAGAAGUACACACUGUAGUGAGAGAGAACCCAGUCUGCUGCCCUCGCCCACAUUCCUAAUGCCCAUUGGCUUCCCCUCAGAUACACAGAAGUAAGAACAAAUGGAAGUUCCACCUGAAGGAUGGGAUCAUGAACCUGAACGGCCGAGACUACGUCUUCUCCAAAGCCAUCGGGGACGCAGAGUGGUAAAACACACAGCACAAAGAAUGCGUCCCAAAUAGCACUCUAUUACCUAUAUAGUGCACUACAUAGGGAAUAGGGUGCCACUACAUAGAGAAUAGGGUGCCAUUUGGAACACAGAAAAAGGAACACACAACAACAACAAAAACACCACGAAGGAACUCUGGAACUUUCUGUCAAGUUUGAGAAAGAGACUCAUCAAUAACUAUGACCCAGGGAAUCAUAUUUCAGCCAGAGGACCUGGGAUGGGCUGGUUUGGGAAGGAAAUAAACGUAACACACCACCCAAAACUGUGAUACUGACUGAUGCACAUCUGUAUGAAUGGUAUAUCUGUAUUAACACCCAAUACCCUACAAGCCUCCCAAAACAAGACACUGAGGAUUCCAUGCAGCACGGCCGAGGGAUCGAUGGAGAAAUCUUCUUAGUUUCUUGGUUUGACUGAAUUCACCUCCAUUUUGACCUGACUGUUUUCUCCCACUUCUAGUGGACCAGAUAUAACCACUGACUUGAGUUGACCCACCCUAAACACUUUAUGCCAAUAGGUUUGAAUCAAGGUCAAAGGUCAGAUAAAAUAUCCAGUGAUUGGACAGGGAGUCUUUCGAUCCCAGUUGUGUGCCUAGUGAUUGGCUAGGAAACACGUCAGUCAAUCCCAGUUUUUUUUCAGUGACUGGGCACCACACAGUGAAGUUGACACCAGUGUAUUGAGUUGAGAUGGCUGUUUGAAAAAGGUUGACGUUAUUAUCUUCAUCUGCUUGUAGAUCUGGGUCCAUGUCACUGAUAUGAUAUUCCUGCCACAUGUUCUGAUGGUCCAUACUAAAAGUGCCCUCCUGUUAAUCUAGUUGAUAGUGAUAUCCACUGUGUUCAGCAGUCCAGCUCCCCUCCUGUUUAUCUAGUUUUAUAGUGAUAUCCACUGUGUUCAGCAGUCCAGCUCCCCUCCUGUUUAUCUAGUUUUAUAGUGAUAUCCACUGUGUUCAGCAGUCCAGCUCCCCUCCUGUUAAUCUAGUUGAUAGUGAUAUCCACUGUGUUCAGCAGUCCAGCUCCCCUCCUGUUUAUCUAGUUGAUAGUGAUAUCCACUGUGUUCAGUAGUCCAGCUCCCCUCCUGUUAAUCUAGUUGAUAGUGAUAUCCACUGUGUUCAGCAGUCCAGCUCCCCUCCUGUUUAUCUAGUUGAUAGUGAUAUCCACUGUGUUCAGCAGUCCAGCUCCCUCCUGUUAAUCUAGUUGAUAGUGAUAUCCACUGUGUUCAGCAGUCCAGCUCCCCUCCUGUUUAUCUAGUUGAUAGUGAUAUCCACUGUGUUCAGCAGUCCAGCUCCCCUCCUGUUAAUCUAGUUGAUAGUGAUAUCCACUGUGUUCAGCAGUCCAGCUCCCCUCCUGUUUAUCUAGUUGAUAGUGAUAUCCACUGUGUUCAGCAGUCCAGCUCCCCUCCUGUUUAUCUAGUUGAUAGUGAUAUCCACUGUGUUCAGCAGUCCAGCUCCCCUCCUGUUUAUCUAGUUGAUAGUGAUAUCCACUGUGUUCAGCAGUCCAGCUCCCCUCCUGUUUAUCUAGUUGAUAGUGAUAUCCACUGUGUUCAGCAGUCCAGCUCCCCUCCUGUUUAUCUAGUUGAUAGUGAUAUCCACUGUGUUCAGCAGUCCAGCUCCCCUCCUGUUUAUCUAGUUUUAUAGUGAUAUCCACUGUGUUCAGCAGUCCAGCUCCCCUCCUGUUAAUCUAGUUGAUAGUGAUAUCCACUGUGUUCAGCAGUCCAGCUCCCCUCCUGUUUAUCUAGUUGAUAGUGAUAUCCACUGUGUUCAGUAGUCCAGCUCCCCUCCUGUUAAUCUAGUUGAUAGUGAUAUCCACUGUGUUCAGCAGUCCAGCUCCCCUCCUGUUUAUCUAGUUGAUAGUGAUAUCCACUGUGUUCAGCAGUCCAGCUCCCCUCCUGUUAAUCUAGUUGAUAGUGAUAUCCACUGUGUUCAGCAGUCCAGCUCCCCUCCUGUUUAUCUAGUUGAUAGUGAUAUCCACUGUGUUCAGCAGUCCAGCUCCCUCCUGUUAAUCUAGUUGAUAGUGAUAUCCACUGUGUUCAGCAGUCCAGCUCCCCUCCUGUUUAUCUAGUUGAUAGUGAUAUCCACUGUGUUCAGCAGUCCAGCUCCCCUCCUGUUUAUCUAGUUGAUAGUGAUAUCCACUGUGUUCAGCAGUCCAGCUCCCCUCCUGUU